UGAAUGAUGAACUAACUAACCAGGGUUAGCCCUCUUUCUCUCCCAUCUCAUUUCUCAGAUAUGCAGAAUCCAUAGGGUUUCGACCCGAUUUUUUCGCAGAAAAUACAUCAAAUUUUCGAUUCAAUUCUUUCUGCUGAUUACUAUACAGAUCACAAUUAUGGAGAUUCAACCAUUAAUGGAGUUUCCACGGAGAAAUAUAGAUAAGCGACCUCGGAAACGGCCUCGUUUGACAUGGGACGUAGGGCCUCCAAUUCUAAAGGUUCUUCCAACAAUAUACUGCGGGCAAGAGUUCGGAAAUGGAGCAGGGCUGAAUUAUGCUUAUUCUUCAAUAUAUUACAAAGGGAUCCCUCAUAAUGGAUCCCCUCCUCGGAGACCGGAUGAUAAAGAUGGCCACUAUGUGUUUUCCAUUGGGGAGAACUUAACUCGUCGUUAUAGGAUACUUGGCAAGAUGGGGGAAGGAACUUUUGGACGGGUCCUUGAAUGCCUCGACAAUGAAACAAAGGAACUUGUGGCAAUUAAAGUUGUUCGCUCAAUACAUAAAUAUCGAGAAGCAGCAAUGAUCGAGAUAGACGUUCUGCAGAAAUUUGUCAGGCACGAUCUUGGUGGCAAACGUUGUGUGCAAAUAAGGAAUUGGUUUGACUAUCGUAAUCAUAUAUGUAUUGUUUUUGAGAAGCUUGGUCCAAGCUUAUACGAUUUUCUUCGCAAAAACAGCUACCGUUCAUUUCCCAUUGAUCUUGUCCGAGAGUUUGGAAGACAACUUUUGGAGUCUGUAGCAUUUAUGCAUGAUUUGCGACUGAUUCACACUGAUCUGAAGCCAGAAAAUAUUCUCCUUGUUUCGUCGGAGUACAUUAAAGUUCCAGAUUACAAGUUCCUGCUGCGACCUGUAAAAGAUGGUUCCUACUUCAAGAAUGUGCCAAAGUCAAGUUCUAUUAAGCUCAUUGACUUCGGCAGUACAACAUUUGAACAUCAGGAUCAUACUUAUGUGGUGUCUACACGUCAUUACCGUGCUCCAGAGGUUAUCUUAGGUCUUGGAUGGAACUAUCCCUGUGAUAUGUGGAGUGUAGGUUGCAUACUUGUUGAGCUUUGCUCUGGUGAAGCUCUUUUUCAAACACAUGAGAACUUGGAGCAUCUUGCGAUGAUGGAAAAGGUGCUAGGGCCUCUUCCUCAGCACAUGACUAUAAGAGCUGACCACCAUGCUGAGAAAUACUUUAGAAGGGGUGCAAGGUUGGAUUGGCCAGAACGUGCAACUUCAAGUGAAAGUAUGAGGGCCGUCUGGAAAUUGCCUCGUCUCCCGAACCUGAUAAUGCAGCAUGUGGAUCACUCUGCUGGAGAUCUCAUUGAUCUUUUGCAAGGGCUGCUUUGUUAUGACCCAACAGAACGGCUGAAAGCUAGAGAAGCAUUACGGCACCCCUUCUUCAGUAGAGACCUGAGAAGAACUGAGAGCUACUUAGCUGGUUUUGCCAAUGCUACAUUUUCUUGGAUAGAAAUGUUACCCUCCUGCACAAUGCAUCUGGAGGUAAGUUUUGAGUGAUUGUUUCAUACUUCCUAGUUCUCUUUUAUUGUAGUAAUUGAGCAAGCAAAUAUUUUCUAAGAAAACUUGGAUGUUAAUAUUCUUUGUAAAAGCCUUGAAUGAUGACCUCCUUGACAUCAAUCACCAAGCCAUCACAUGUUGAAUUUUUCAUUUUCUUAAGUUUUGGUGGCAGAUCAUCUCAUUUUGUGUUGGUAGGAUAUAGCAAAUAACCGGUGAAUAUAUAGAGAUGCGCGCAUUACUAUUCACAACACACAGAAAUUGUGAACUCUACUCUGUGUUACUCAAGAUUUUUAAUCUGUAAUUCAGAUUUUACAACAUCGGAGGAAUUGAAAUUUCACCAAACUUAUUGGUAUAAAGAGUAAGGGUGUGCUCAGUAUGAAGGAAAAUGUUUUUUUAGGAAAGUUAGUUUGUUUCUUACCUAUUUACUUGUGUUGGAUAUAUUCCCUAAAGGCAUUUGGAAGGUAUGAUCGUAUGUGCAGUUCGAUUAUGUUCAACGUGCUAUUUACCCUUUUUUUAAUAUGAUUUUGUAUUCUAAUCUAGUAUAAAAAUAAGGGAAAAGGGUCAAAAAUACCCCUCAACUUUGGUUUAUUAGUUGACUAUGCCCUUACUGUUAAUACGGAGUUAUUCUUACCCUUGCCGCUACUAAUUUCAUCAUUUGUGCUCCUAUGUUGACGGAAAUCCCCAAAUUGACUCAAAUUAACUCGAAUUUUCAAAAACAACUUAUUUCCCAUUUUAAAUCCAAUGCCUCGACAACUCUAAUGUAUAAUCUAUUCCCUUUUUACCCAUUUCCAUUUACCAUUCCCUUCUACCUAUUCUCUCUCUCAAAAGACAAACUCACAACCUAACCUAAGUCGAAGAACAAUGAAAUUGGGGACAUUUUAGCUCUCUUCUCCAUCAGAAUUUCUACUAGACGUUGUUAAGGGAUGGCAAUGGGGCGGGGGU